AUGGCUGACUACCCAUCCGAACUCCAGUCCCAGCUCAGCGAGCUGCAGCGUGACUUGGAGAAACGAGGCGGUCUCCAACUACACGAUCCCGAUGCCCCAAAGUAUCAGUCCGAGAGGCAGCGCGUCUCCUCCCACCAACGGGUUGCCUCCCAUUCGAGCGUGGGCGGCGACCAGUCCUUCUCCUCCUCAUACCGUCCAACUUCGGCGUACGGAUCUCAACAACCGGUAUCGCCCCCCAUGAACCCCGCGGGCCUCCUGCGCCCGGGCGGUCCCAUUGCAGAGAGUGGCUUCAUGCCGCAACGCGACUCGCUCUUCCUGUCACCCGGCCCUGCCAUCGACGCACAAUCGAGGACUGGUACCAUGAUGUCUGGCGACUAUGCUUUCAACCCUGAGCAGCACGGCAUGUACCCCCGCCAGGACCAGCCUCCGUACCCGCCGCAAGGGGCCCAGGACGGCCGUACUGGCACCCUUAUGGAUUCCCAGGGCUUCUUCUCCGAUUUCGCCGGUCAGCAGCAUUACGACCAAGGCCAGGGCGAUUACGGCGAGUACAAUGUGCAGCAACGCUAUUCCACCACCGACCCCUUCUCCCCGACGGCUGCCACUGCCCCUCCGAUGCUCACGGCUGAUGAUCUGCCUCCUCCCGAGGCCCUCGACUACCAACCGCCACUGGAGCCCCGCGAGGUACCGUUUGCCAUUCACGAUCCACACGACAGCAAUAUUGCCAUGUCAAAGUUUGACAACAUUGCCGCCGUCUUGAGGCAUCGGGCCGUCACCAAUGCCAAAGUUCCCGCCUACUGGAUCCUAGACAGCAGGGGCAAGGAGAUUUCCUCCAUCACCUGGGAUAAGCUUGCCUCGAGGGCGGAGAAGGUGGCCCAGGUCAUCAGGGACAAGAGCUCACUGUAUCGAGGAGACCGCGUCGCCCUCGUCUACCGCGAUUCCGAGAUUAUCGACUUUGCCAUCGCUCUCCUGGGCUGCUUCAUCGCCGGCGUCGUGGCCGUGCCCAUCAACGAUCUGCAGGACUACCAGAGGCUCAAUUACAUCCUCACCUCGACCCAGGCUCACCUCGCCCUCACCACCGACAAUAACCUCAAGGCGUUUCAGCGUGACAUCUCAACUCAGAAGCUGACAUGGCCCAAGGGAGUCGAGUGGUGGAAGACGAAUGAGUUUGGUAGCUGGCACCCGAAGAAGAAGGAAGAAGUCCCGCCUCUCGCAGUCCCUGACCUCGCCUACAUCGAGUUCUCAAAGGCGCCGACAGGUGAUGUCCGUGGUGUUGUCCUCAGCCAUCGCACAAUCAUGCACCAGAUGGCCUGCCUGAGCGCAGUCAUCUCGACCAUUCCGCAAAACGGCCCCGGGGACACGUUUAACCCCUCGCUGCGCGACAAGAACGGCAGGCUCAUCGGUGGAGGCGCCAGCAGUGAGAUUCUGCUCUCCUACCUGGACCCGCGACAGGGUAUCGGCAUGAUAUUGACCAUCCUGUUGACCGUCUACGGCGGACACACGACCGUCUGGUUCGACAACAAGGCGGUGGAUCAACCCGGGCAGUACGCCUAUCUCAUCACGAAAUACAAGGCGACGCUCAUGGUUGCGGACUACCCUGUCCUGAAGCGCGCUGUCUACAAUUACCUGCAAGAUCCUAUGACUACCAGAAACUUUAAGAAAGGGAUGGAGCCGAACUUCCAGGCAGUCAAGAUGUGUUUGAUCGACACCCUCACGGUGGACAGCGAGUUCCACGAGGUGCUGGCCGACCGGUGGCUUCGCCCGCUGAGAAACCCCAGGGCCCGAGAGGCCGUGGCGCCGAUGCUCUGCUUGCCCGAGCACGGUGGAAUGGUGAUCAGCAUCCGGGACUGGCUCGGCGGUGAGGAGCGGAUGGGUGUGCCCCUCAAACUCGACAUCGAGUCCGAUGAUGAGUCAGAAGACGGGAAGAAGGACGAGGAGGCAGAGAAGCCGGGCAACUCCAAUGGAUUCGGAAGUCUCUUGAGCGGUGGCACCACGACGACGACACGGCAAAGCUCCAAGAGAGAGGUGAACGAGGUGCUCCUCGACCGCGAAGCCCUCAAGACCAACGAGGUCAUCGUCCUGGCUAUCGGAGAGGAGGCGAGGAAGAAGGCUGCGACAGAGCCUGGUGCCGUCCCCGUCGGCGCUUUUGGCUUCCCCAUCCCCGAUGCCACGCUCGCCGUGGUCGACCCCGAAACCGGUCUUCUGGCGUCGCAUCACUCGGUCGGCGAGAUCUGGGUUGACUCGCCCUCCCUCUCCGGCGGUUUCUGGGCACAGCCGAGGAGCACCGAGGCAAUCUUCCACGCGCGGCCGUACAAGUUUGACCGCGGCGAGGCGACGCCGACGCCGGUGGAGCCAGAGUUCCUGCGCACAGGUCUGCUCGGUACCGUGAUCCAGGGCAAGAUCUUCGUGCUGGGCUUGUACGAGGAUCGUAUCCGGCAAAAGGUGGAGUGGGUCGAGCACGGCCACGAACUCGCCGAGUACCGCUACUUCUUCGUCCAGCACAUCGUCGUCAGCAUCGUCAAGAACAUACCCAAGAUCUACGACUGCUCGGCAUUUGACGUCUUCGUCAAUGACGAGCAUCUGCCCGUCGUGCUCAUCGAGACCCCCGCUGCCUCGACGGAGCCGCUGACCUCGGGUGGGCCGCCGAGACAGCUCGACACCAUGCUCUUGGAUACCCUGGCAGAGAGGUGCAUGGAUGUGCUCCUGCAGGAGCAUCACCUUCGUCCUUACUGUGUCAUGGUCACGGCGCCCAAUACCUUGCCGCGAGUGAUCAAGAACGGCCGGCGUGAGAUUGGAAACAUGCUGUGUCGCCGAGAGUUUGAUCACGGCAACCUGCCGUGCGUCCACGUGAAGUUCGGUGUCGAGCAUGCGGUGCUUAACCUGCCCGUGGGCAUAGACCCGAUGGGGGGCAUCUGGUCGCCGCUGGCGUCAGACUCUCGCGCCCACGUGCUGGCACCGGCAGAGAAGCAGUACUCGGGCAUCGACCGGCGAGAGGUGGUGAUUGACGACAGAACGUCGACGCCCCUCAACAACUUCUCCUGCAUCACCGACCUCAUCCAGUGGCGCGUGGCCCGUCAGCCCGAGGAGCUGGCCUACUGUACCAUCGAUGGUCGGGGUCGCGAAGGCAAGGGUAUCACGUGGAAGAAGUUUGACACGCGGGUCUCGUCGGUGGCCAUGUAUCUCAAGAACAAGGUCAAGGUGCGCGCGGGAGACCACCUGGUGCUCAUGUACACGCACUCCGAGGAGUUUGUCUACGCGGUGCACGCCUGCAUCAACCUCGGCGCCAUCAUCAUCCCCAUGCCGCCCCUGGAUCAGAACCGCCUCAACGAGGACGUGCCGGCGUACCUCCACAUCAUUGCCGACUAUAACGUCAAGGCUGUGCUCGUGAACCAAGAGGUCGACCACCUGCUCAAGACGAAGCCCCUGAGCAGCCACGUCAAGCAGUCGGCCCAGGUCCUCAAGAUUACGCUCCCCAACACGUACAACACUACGAAGCCGCCUAAGCAGAGCAGCGGCCUCCGUGACCUGGGCCUGACUGUGGAUCCGGCCUGGGUCAAGCCGGGGUACCCCGUCGUCGUCUGGACGUACUGGACACCUGAUCAGCGCAGGAUCGCGGUGCAGCUGGGCCACGACACGAUCAUGGGCAUGUGCAAGGUGCAGAAGGAGACGUGCCAGAUGACAAGCUCGAGGCCCGUUCUCGGUUGCGUGCGCAGCACGACAGGCUUGGGCUUCAUACACUCGUGCCUGAUGGGUAUAUACAUUGGCACGCCGACGUACCUGCUGUCGCCGGUGGAGUUUGCGCAGAACCCCAUGUCUCUAUUCGUGACUCUGUCCCGCUACAAGAUCAAGGACACGUACGCGACGCCGCAGAUGCUGGACCACGCCAUGGCGGCGAUGCUGGCCAAGGGCUUCACUCUGCACGAGCUGAAGAACAUGAUGAUCACGGCGGACACGCGUCCGCGGGUUGACGUGUUCCAGAAGGUCAGGCUGCACUUUGCGGCUGCGGGCCUGGACAGGACGGCCAUCAACACGGUCUACUCGCACGUGCUCAACCCGAUGGUGGCGUCGCGGUCGUACAUGUGCAUCGAGCCGAUAGAGCUGUGGCUGGACAUCCGUGCGCUCCGCCGCGGGCUGGUGAUGCCUGUGGACCCGGAGUCUGACCCAUCGGCCCUGCUGGUCCAGGACUCGGGUAUGGUGCCGGUAUCGACGCAGAUUGCCAUCGUCAACCCGGAGAGCCGCGAGCACUGCUACGAGGGUGAGUACGGCGAGAUCUGGGUCGACUCGGAGGCGUGCGUCAAGUCGUUCUACGGGUCCAAGGACAUCUUCGACGCCGAGCGCUUCGACGGGCGCACGAUUGACGGCGACCCCAACGUGGCGUAUGUCCGUACGGGAGACCUGGGCUUCCUGCACAGCGUCAGCCGGCCUAUCGGGCCUGGCGGUGCGCUGGUCGACAUGCAGGUGCUCUUCGUCCUAGGCAGCAUCGGCGAGACGUUUGAGAUAAACGGUCUCAGCCACUUCCCCAUGGAUAUCGAGUAUUCUGUCGAGCGCUGUCACCGGAACAUUGAGGAUGGUGGCCUGGUAGUCGUCCUGGUCGAGGUGAGCCGGAAGUCAUACUUGGCGUCGAUCGUGCCGGUGAUUGUCAACGCGAUCCUGAACGAGCACCAAAUCAUUGUGGACAUUGUGGCGUUCGUCAAUCGGGGCGACUUCCCACGGUCGCGACUGGGCGAGAAGCAGCGCGGCAAGCUGCUAGCAGGGUGGGUGACGCGCAAGAUGGCCACGAUAGCGCAGUUUGCCAUCCGCGACGUCGACGCGACGGCCAUGGGCGAGGCGGCAGCGGCGGUAGCAGGCGACACGCCCAGCAACCGGAACUCGACGCACAGCCUGAGCAACCGCAGCAUGGGCGGGGGCAUCGCGGCCGGCGGCCCUGACGGCAUGGCGCCGCCGCGCAUCAUGGAGCACGACGAGUACGACCAGCAGAUGGGUCACAUGGGAGCCACCGACGGGGACAUCACGGGCGACCGAACGCCAACGAUGGGCUACGGCCCCUCGGAAGGAGCAGGACAAGGGUACCCGGCCAACCGAGCGUCGUGGAUGGCGUCAUCGUCAUCGCUCACGGCUCGACAACUGGGCGGCGCACCGCCCGGCUCCAGCCACGGCGCGUACGACAUGGAUGGCGGACCGGCCGAGCUACCGCCCGCCACGUCACCGCCACCCGGGGCGACGCUCGGCUCGCCAAAGGACAGCAGGUCUACAUCUACACCGCAGAUCCGUCUACCGGGAGUAGACGGCAGGGAGCCGCUCGACUUCUGGGAUAGCGGCCACGUGGAGAAGGAGGUGGUCGUCGCCGGCGCCGGCGCCAGCGAUACGAGCGUCGGUGCCACCACGGGCGGUGCAGGUGCAGGUGCAGGUGCGGGUGCAGGUGCAGGUAGCAGUAGCGAUAAUGCCCGUGAUGACGACGACGUCGAUUCGUGGGAGGCAGAUGUCAUUAUGCAUAUGAAUCUUAUGGGGGGAUCCGGAUGA